UUUUUGAGCCCGAAUCUUCUGCUGAAUACUGUCUAAUGACCAUGCUAAGAAAAAGAAAACACGAAGGGUCGGUUCUAAGCUGGCUGAAGUUGCUAGAAGGAAUUCAAGUGAUCGACAAGUAUUUUAAAAACAAAAAUAUUGAGAAUACAGCGACUCCUAUCAAGCAUUUGAGAAACCAAAAAGCUAAAGAAAAGGAAGAGAAAGAGCGAAGUGAGCUUCUCCAGGCUUCAAAGGAAACUCCAAAGAUUGCAGGGAGCCAAGCCAAGGAUAGUGAGAUGAACGUUUCCAACAAGAUUCUGAAGACUUUUAAUGAUUAUACAGAUGACGAUUUCUCUGAAAAAGGCAUCACAACUACUGCUAAAAGAAGGAAUAGUUGGAAUUCUUCAAAGAUGAGCCCCUUUACUGAAGGCAAACAAGAGUUUGUCUCAAGAAAGCACCAAGAGAAGAAAUACACAAGAAAAGAACCCGUAAGAACUUUUAAUUUAAGCGGAACUGAAAAUGUUUAUUCUUCAUAUAAGAAUAAACCCCUUCUGCUUCAAAACACAGGUACAACUUCUGUUGGCAUCCUCAGUAAUAAGAGACAAAGCAAACCUGGAGAAUUUGUAGAUCUAGGCACUCAUGCUGAAAAUCAUACAAAGAAAAUGGUUCAUCCUUCUCCGCAAGUCAAACUAGACCAAAGGAGGAUACCUCGAAAGGAACCUUCAAAGGCUUCCAAAUCAUCUUCAAAAUAAAUCUGGCAAGAAGAGGCGGGUCCCGAAAAAGUAUACAAAGCCGAACAUGACCAAAGAAAAAGUUUCUAAUAAAUCAUUGGUUAAUAAUGACACUGGGCAAAAAGAUUUGUUGUCAAACACAAAUGAUUCGAAAAGACCAUCGACCAAUAGUGAGCUCAAGCCCAAAAAUAAUUCUGUAAAUAAAAUAUCUGCAAGGUUUACCAUCAAGCAUGAUCGAAUCCUUGCCAAGCAAGGAGUUAUUCCUGAGGACCAAAAUGAGGAUUACUAUACAAACGAAGAUGGGAGUGAGAGUUCUGAUGAAACCGUUUCGAGUGUUGAAGAGAAUAAAUAUGCUAAUUUCUCCCUCACUUCAUCAAAGGAUCUUCCUCCCCCACCCAACCCAAUGAAGAAGUCUGUUUCUGCCGCUCCUGGGAAACAAAGUAUAGCUGGUACUGUAGAGAUGCCUUUCAUGUCUCCUCCUUUAAGAGCCUCUAAAGAUGGUAAAGAAGGUGUAAUGAACACUCAGAUCGAUCUUUUGAGUCCAUUACCAGACAUUCAUAAAGGAAGAAAACAAUCCUCUAAGUCCUUUGGAAAAUCACAAGGGAAUAAUUCUAAUUCUUUGAGAGCUAACUCUCAAAACGAUUUUCAAACUGAUCUGUCUCUUCUUAAGAACAAGAGUGUGGCAGAGAAGUCCAAACAGGUCAAUUCACGAUUAAAAAUGAUGAUUUAAAGCAGAUCUCUUAUUUAAUUUACUAUUAAACUCCUUCUUAUCAUU